UCGGAGAGCACAGACGAAAAAAAUGGCGACGGGCACCAGUACGUCUCCGACAGAAAGUAAAAAUUCUGCUACAACAGAUCCAGCAGAUCCUUUAAAACGUUUAUAUCCAGCUGUAAAUGAAGAUGAUAAUCCACUUCCUCGCUCUUGGAGCCCGAAGGAUAAAUUUAAUUACAUUGGACUAUCUCAGAGCAAUUUGCGCGUUCACUACAAAGGUGUGGGUAAAACUCACAAAGAUGCAGCUAGUGUGCGAGCCACCCAUCCCAUACCAGCUGCUUGUGGCAUCUAUUACUUUGAAGUAAAAAUUAUCAGCAAAGGCAGGGAUGGGUACAUGGGUAUUGGACUUUCUGCACAAGGUGUCAACAUGAAUAGACUUCCAGGUUGGGACAAAAAUUCCUAUGGUUAUCAUGGAGAUGAUGGGAACUCAUUUUGUUCAUCUGGAACUGGUGUGCCAUAUGGUCCUACAUUCACUACUGGAGAUGUUGUAGGUUGCUGUGUCAACCUUAUUGACAACACAUGUUUUUACACUAAGAAUGGUGUUAAUUUAGGCAUUGCCUUUACAGAUCUUCCGGCCAACUUAUAUCCAACAGUAGGUCUUCAAACUCCUGGAGAAGUUGUGGAGGCAAAUUUUGGGCAGACACCUUUUGUUUUCGAUAUAGAAGAUUACAUGAAGGAAUGGCACAUGAAAACCAAGAUGACCAUCGAGCGUUUCCCUGUUGCUGAUCGUCGUGGGGAGUGGCAGACAGCCUUGCAAAGGAUUGUCUCCACAUACCUGGUUCACCAUGGCUACUGCUCCACUGCCGAAGCUUUUGCCAGAGCAACUACUCAGCAAAUCACAGAAGAUAUUAGUUCAAUCAAAAACAGGCAGCGUAUACAGAAGCUAGUGCUGGCCGGGAGAAUGGGUGAAGCUAUUGAAACAACGCAACAGCUCUACCCAGGUCUUCUUGAGCGCAAUCCCAAUCUGCUGUUCAUGCUGAAGUGCCGUCAGUUUGUGGAAAUGGUCAACGGCACAGACAGUGAGGUUCGAGGCUCGGCAUCCAAAUCCCCUCGUUCACACCACAGUAGUGGCAGUGGGAGCAACCGCUCCUCCCCCAACAUGUCUCCAGCCCACAACAUCAGUAGCAAUGCUUCUGGCACGUCACACCUGCUUCACCAUCACUUCAUGCAGCAACAGCAGAGUCGGAUAGGGAGUGGAGGGUCUGACAGCAACAGUCCCAGUCGCCUGGGCAAGAAGUCUCAUGGCCCGUGCACCUCCUCUCCUGCCACUUCCACACACUUUCAGCAGCAGUCAGGAAGCCAGAUGGACAAUGUACACUUUUCUAGUGAAGAGAUCAAGAAUGUUGCAAACUCCUUGCCCCCAGCAGUGUCUGAGCGCUUUGUCAAUGGCUCUAGUUCUCUGUACAUUGAAGGUGAUGACAUGGAACUCUGUGAUGGAGGUGUGGAGGAUGGUCUGAUUUCCAAUGGUUCUUGCAGCAACGCUGCAUCAGCAGCCAUCUGCAUGAAUGGCAAUUCUCAUCCCUCUCAUCCUGAGGACAAUGAAAUGGAAGAAAUGGAGGUGGAUGGAUCAAGUAGACAUCCGUGUCCAACCAGCAGGUCAACGAUAGAAAAGAUACUUCAGUUUGGUCGAGAACUGCAGGCCAUGAGUCAGCACCUGAAACAAGAAUUCGGACACAGUGAAGCAAACAAGCAGGCUUUACGGGAAGCUUUCAGUCUUCUAGCAUAUCCAGACCCAUGGAACAGUCCUGUUGGUCACCAGCUUCAUCCAGUCCAGAGAGAACCUGUGUGUGCUGCUCUUAAUAGUGCUAUUCUUGAGUCACAGGGUCUGCCUAAGCAACCACCGCUGGAGCUGGCGAUUGCGCAGGCCACACAGUGCAUGAAGCUCAUGGCAAAAGCUGGGAUUGGAUCUUGUGCAUUUGCCAGUGUCAUGGACUACCUUCAUUGACGCCAGGCCAGGGCCCUAUGCACUUCCCUAUAGGGCUCUUGUAUUUGUUUGGGAUGCAGACUCUGUUUUUGGUAGCAUUUUGCUGCCUUUUGUUGAUACUAUUUUUUUCUGGCGUGAACUAAAUGCAGCCACACAAGGAGUCAGUCACAAGGUUUUCCCAGCUUUGUAAGAUGGUUGACUAUUAGUGUGCUAAAGAGCCAGGAACUCUGGGACACACUUAAUUAAAUACUGUUCUGAUGCACUCUGGGACAAAAAGGAAAAUGGAGAGGAUUGUUUGCUUUGUUCCUCUCUAUUCUUGUUCAUAUUAACCUUUAGUUAGACCUUAAUAUUAUUUAUUUCAUGUCCAAGAUAACAAGCAGAUGCUCAAAGUAGUUGAGAAUUGUUAUGAAUGCAACUUUUUUUUUUUUUUUUAAUCAUCAGCUGCUGUAAAAUGCAGUAACUAGCUAUUGAAUAUAUUGACAACGUUACACGUUAGGAAAAGAUAUGGGGAAAAUGUAGAGUUUUAUUGAUCAAGUAAACUAAACUUGAAGAAAUUACUAGAACUAUUGCUUAAAAUAGAAGCCAGGCAACACACGUGCUUCUGUGUUUGAAACAACAAUCUCCAGCACUGUGGUGGCCAUUUGUUCACCUGCUUCCAGACAUGUGCCAUCAGGACUGGGAAGAUGUUUAAUAUAUCAGUAAAUAUCAGUAAUCACUUUUAUCAUAACAUGACCAAGUACAACAUGCUGUGGUAUUGGAUAUGUUUGCCUGCAGUUUCGUGUCUCCAUUUAGGAAAUCACACUAGACUUGGCAUUGUAUAACUUUUCUUCCCAUUGAUUUCUGUAUUCUUGUGAACUGGACAGCAAGUGCACAGUUUCACUUACAAAUUAAGGCAGUCUCUACAAUGAUCCUUACUUUCACAUCACACCACCUUUACGAUGGCGAUCAAUCUUAUUUUUGAAGGUAGGAUUAGGAAAAAUAAGAAGAAUAAUUUGUGUUAGUAUAUAAGUAUGGGGACUUAUCCUAUUUGGCUGGAAAAAAUGUGUCUUGCUAUGGGGCUUGUUUCACACAGAAUUGAAAGCAUUUUCAAGAUUGCCACUUAAUGGACUGUUUUAUCAGAUAGUCCAUGAGCAUCCCCAGAAAACAAGGUAUUAAAAUGAUGCAUAAAAGUUGCUGAGCCUGAAGUCUGCUGUUACAUAUGAUUGAUCGCCUUCAUUCCUCCUCCAUCUUCAUUCAGCUUGACGUAACCUUUGCUGCAUCAAACGCCAAUAACCUGCCCUUCCCCUACCUUUAUUCAGCUCGACAUAACCUUUGUUGUAUCAAACUCUAUUAACCUGCCCUUGCCUUUUUUUUCAAAAAUGAUAAAAAGGAGGGAUUGGAGUAGUGGUAGAUUGAAUUCUUAACUACAAAAAAGUAGGAUACACAGACUUGACAAACAGAAAAAUUUAGCCCAGAGAAGCUUUUUACUGUGAGUUUCAUUAUUGAGCUCUGGUUUAUUUCCAUUUCUGAGUACUGCAAUGUGUGUAGUCUUAAUAAUUCUUAACUGCAAUCCAGCUCCUUUAGGCUAGACCCUGUAAUCAGCUAUUAAGGGAAAUUUGCAAUAAUUCUUCAAUUUUGGGAAGUUGCAAGAAGCCAUCUAGCUGCAGACAAUGCAAAUUAUUUCAGAUAUAUAUAUAAAUUCAGUAAAUACCACCAAGAUGCCAUGUGGUGUCUUGAUUGUGUAAGAAAUCUCUUAUUCAGAAAGGAUUGUUGACUUAGUAAAAGUAAUUUAAAACAAAGCAUGUACAUUUUGUAAACUUACGGUGGAAAGAGUGAGAAAGAGAGAUUAUUUGUUCAUAUGCUUGUGGGUGCAUUUGCCAUAUUGGCCUUCUUGCAUACUUGUGGAAAUGUACAUUGGAUUCUAUACAAUGUCAGGUGAGGAUAUUGUUCUGUGCUCAUUCUGCAAGAUGGUUUUAUCAGCAAGACAUUUUUGUUUGGUCAGAAGAGAGUGCAUACACACUAAGAAAAUAUUAUGAUGAAUUAUUUACACAAAGUACUUUACCACUGUGUUAGACUUCAGGUGAACCAUGUGACGUAUUCAUUCGAAAGCUUAGAACAUCAUUGAUGUAUAUUAUGCGAAUUUCCAAUCAUCUUCAUUGUUCAGUACUAUCUCCACAUGUCAGAGUGGCUUGGAAGUUGCUUUUUAAAAUGAAACAUUCAAAUAAAUAAAACAUUUAGCCAUUUUUAUGUUGACUGCUGUGGUGAGCUUCAGUCACGUGUGGUGGGUGCUAGUUUGCUUGGUUUUUAAUUACCUGUAGAGUCUAUUACCUGUGUAAUAUGAAAAGCAAACUACUUUUCUUAAGUGAAUAAAAGACCCAAAAGUUUGUAAGCACGUCUUUUGAUCAUGAGAUGUCUUUCCUAAUUAAAGUGUGUGUUGACAGUUUUU